AUGCAAUUCCCUUUAUGCUCUUCUAUCAAGUCCCUCCCCACUGAUGCGGACUCCGGUGCCAGCAUGUCCGAUCGUGCCACUGCUGUCACCUCGGCACUUGGUCCAAGUUUUCCUACCAAGACUGUCCAACCAAUUGACCAUGCCAGCAUCACCAAGGAGGCCAUUUUGGCAUCAAAGACCACGACCACCAACAAUGCUGCAACUGAAGCUCAAGAGCAAGUCCUACCUUUGAGCAAUCCAUUAAAGGGCUCCAACCUACCCGCAAUGCUCACCAUGCUCUCUUUGACUGGGAUAUCCAUUGCAUCGAGGCAGCUGGGAUGGCGGCGAUCCAAAGAGCCAAACCCAUCCGAUGCACUGUCCUGGUUCAGUCUCCUUCAGUUCCUCCCUUCCGACAGGACAGAUAAGGACUUGGCCUUGCAUAUUAACAAAGAUGUAGAAGCCUGUAUGCAAGAAGACAUGGGUGAGCAUGUCACCAAAGGGCCUCCAAGAAGACAAAAUUGUACUCAAAGGGUCGCUGCACCUCCAUUGCCAACAUCAAAUGCACCAUCUCCAAUGUAG